AAUUGGGAGGAAAUGGGUUCUGAAAUCACAUUUUCUGAGCUCCUCGUUCUAAGUGCGCGGCCGCAGACUCAUAUUAAUUUCCGGAGGGACUAAGUCGAGCGUCAGACAAAGACAGCUUCAUCUUCCUACGGCCACUGGUUGGGCUGAAAUGAGCCUAAUGGAACGGAUUUGAUUAGAAAAUGUUCUCGUCACGCCAUUUGACGGCAGGCUGUCGAGGACCUUAAUGGGAUGGAGAUGUGACUGGAGCGUUUGGCUUACUGCUCUUGACAAGGAGGGAAAAUAUGAUUAGCUGUUAGAUAAAGCACCAAGGAUACAGGAUGGUGGGGCGGGGGGUGUGCUUGCGGUGUUUUGUGUCAGUGUUUUUUAACCUGACGACCACUGAUACACACGAGCAACCAUUUUGCUCAUGUUUCGGUGAAUACAAAACAAGGUUUUAGGGCACAGAAGGGGCCCGCCCAAGCCAGUCUCAAAAACGUCACAAUGCUGCCCUCUACUGUUCAAUUUUAGUUCUGAAGAAUAAUGCGGUUUUCCCACUACGUUAAACUGCAUUUGCAAUACAUGUACAUGACAUCACAAUACAUAUAAAAACGGGAGGGAGUAUAUUAAAAUCUUGUUACGUAGAAAAACGGUAUGUAGGCCAUAAAUUCCGAAUGAUAUGUCAUAAAUCGAAGUUUAUAUGAAAUCGGCAGAGAAAAACGCCAAAGUCUUGUUUUGCCGGGACGUUCCUGAACGCACCAGCAGGUCGGCGAAUGCUCGCAGCCGCUGCGGUUACCGCAGAGCGCCUUUGAAAACUGAAAACAAUGUUUCGGAACGGGAAAUCGGAUGCGACUCGAUGACCCAACGAUGGUCCGUCGCUCCAGAGACGGUACUCGAAUCGGGACCGACGAGUCCAACGGUUGCGGUGAGGCUGAGGAGAGCGCGCGGUGGUUGCCGCCAUGGAUGCGGCUGUACUUCUACGGAAUUCACGGCGUCACUCUGGAUGUGGUGCUCUCCUCGGUGCGGGGGGUCCUAUCCAACCGGGACCCCAAGUUGUUGGGUUUUUCCUCGCCGUGUCUGUGCGUGGUGCAUUCACUGACCCACUUGGCGCUGGAGAAAGUCUACUCGAAGAAGAGGAGCUUUCAAGGGAGGCCUGCGCUUUUCAAUCUGCUCGUCUAUCCUUCUGUUUACAUCGGGCUGCAGGUUCUGAUAGAGAACAUCGGUAACGCACUGAGCAAGGAGGUGAGGGUCAUAUCCGGGACGGGCUUGGUCCUCCACUACAUCCUGGCUCUUUAUUUUAGUCAGGUGUUCCACAGGGGGAUGUCCAGGCUGCAGUACCGUCCCCACGCGGGAGCCCGUCCAGUCCAUAGCGUCCCCGGGUACAUCCGCUUCUUGUUUUUUGGCAUGCACGGCUUUUUGGAUGAGGUGGUGUUCACGUCGGUGUUCAACAUGGUGGAGAACCGAAGCCUGACCGGUCACACGUCCCUGUGGUCCUUCCUGAUGUACGGGAGCUGCAGCUUCGUGGUGGAGAAACUGUACCUGCGCCUGCACUUUAAAAGAGGCUGGGGGUUGUGGCGGAGGCUCCCCAUCUGCGUUUGCUUCAUUUACACUUGGGAACUGUGCUGGGGUUUAGGUCUGAGGCAGUUUGACGCCUGCUCCUGGGACUACUCGCACUACCCGCACAAUUUCAUGGGACUCAUCACCUUGGUCUACCUGCCCGGGUGGGUCUGCCUGAGUCUCUAUCAGGACGUGCUGUCCAAUAUCCUGCUCGGCAUCAGGUGCGCCGGAGAGACUCUGCGACCAAGUGCGGACGGCGGAGAUGUCAACGGACGGCCUCGGUCUUCCAAAAAAAAACGUUGAAAUUUACACUUUGGCUCAGGUGUGCGAGUUGCUUUUUUUCAGCAUGGCUUCCGACAGAAGACGGCGCUAUGAGGAAGUAAAAAGGGAACGUCUGUAAUUACGGGACCGCAAAAGGUUAUUCUCCAUGUCGGUGGAAAUGUUUAUUAUUAUUAUUA